AUGAAUAUUUACGAUAUUGUUGAUUUGAUUCUUGCAAAAUUAAGUAGCAAUCCCGCACUAGAUAUAAAGUUAGAAAUUGACGACGAUAUCUUUGUUCGUAUAAGAAACUUGUUAAGUGGAUAUAAAUUAUUUCCAAACUACGAAGCUUACAAUCUUGUGAAAAUCGACAAAUGUGAUGACUUAGCUCAACAAUAUCGUGAAAAAGGAAAUGAUUUCUUUCGAAAACGAAAAUUUUUCAGUGCUUUAUGUGCUUACAACAAAAGUAUUUGCUUCUCGAAAGCUCAUUCUGAAAAUAUGGGACUUGCCUUUGCAAAUCGUUCGGCCGUGUUUUACGAAAUUGAUGAACCUCAUCUUUGUCAUGCUAAUAUAACGCUUGCCAAACACCAUAAAUAUCCAAGCGAGAAGUUAUUAAAACUUGAAGAAAGGGAUAAAAAAUGCAAAGCAAGCAAUAGUAUUAAACCAAAAACUUCUAAACUGCUUCAGUUAACUCACAAAGUGAACCCCAAGUAUCCUUUCAUUAUUAAUUGCUUGUCAUUGAAACUAAAUAAAGAGUUUGGACGUCAUGUUGUUACCACAAACAUAUUGAAAGCUGGAAAUGUGAUUGCUAUUGAACCACAUUUCAAUGGCAUUUUGUUGUCCGAUCAAGUUUUCAAAAGAUGUACAAAUUGUCUCGGUCAGUUCAACCUGAACUUGCUUCCAUGUGAGCAUUGCGUAUCAGCAAUGUUUUGUUCGCAACACUGUAAGGAUGAAGCAAACAAAAAGUUUCAUAAAUACGAAUGCGACAUGAAUCUCGAAGGAAUUGGAAAAUUUUUCACAGUUGCUGUAAGAGCAUCAAUGAGAACUUUUAUUGAAGCUUUAUUUAUCUUUGAUGGCAUCGAAAGACUUAAAAACUUCCUAAAAGAGCACAAAGACAUCGCUUUUACCGCAUUUGAUGUUGAUAAAAGUUCAUCGGAUCAAACCUAUCACCAACAGCUUUUCAUGACUUUAUGUUCGCUUUGUUCAAAUGAAGAGAGAAGAUCAACGGUUGAGAAUUUCCGCCGAGCAAUUGUUUGCGUAAUUCUAUAUGAAUAUUUAAUUUUAAAUUCAUCACUGCAAAAUAUCUUAAGAAGCGAUGAAAAUGGAAAGUUUUUUAUGAACUUUAUGUUUAAACAUAUUCAAAUUGCAGAAUCAAACUUUCAUGAACUUUACUCAUUAAAAGCUGAGAAAAUGGAACAAAGUAAUGAACAAUUCGGAGUGGGUAGUUUUCCAUUCGCAUCACUUUUAAAUCAUUCAUGUCUACCAAAUGUAUUCAGAUUGUCUUCGGAUGGAUUGAAUUAUGUUAUUGUUGCACGUCAUAUAGAAAAAGGUGAACAAAUAUUUGACAACUACGGUUAUCAUCAUUCAAUUCAUACAUUGCAACAAAGACGAAAUGGAUUAGUUGAUCGAUAUCAAUUUAAUUGCUGUUGCGACGCUUGUGUUAACAAUUUUCCACUGUUUGAAGAACUUCUAGAGAAAGACAAAGACUUUGAUACCUUCAUCUCAAACGAUUUGGAAGAAUUUGAGAAAUUCAAUACAGAAAAAGCUGAACGAGCCAUCAAAAGGUAUUCAAAAUAUAUUGAAAAUCACGACAAAAAUAUUCCAUCAUAUGAAAUCACUUUGAUACAAGAAUGUAUGCUUCGAUGUUUCAGAAUACUUGAAAGAAGUAAAUCAAUGUUCAAUUUAAAUUUUAUUGAAACAUGA